GACUUCUUACAUUUUAUGUUAUAUUGUUCAAAUUUUAUUUCAAGUUGACUUGAACAUUCUCAUAAAUAAAUAAAAUAUCAACUUAUUUACUUCCUAGGCGCUUAUAAAAAAUGGCUGCACCACCAGAAAUGAGUGAAGCAGAUCAAAUUAAAACGUUCAAAGAUUUUCUCGUGCAAUACAAUAAACUAUCAGAAUUAUGUUUCAAUGACUGUAUACAUGACUUCACAUCAAGAAAUCUUAGGUCUUCAGAGGAAAGAUGCACACUUAAUUGCAUGGAGAAAUAUUUAAGGAUGAAUCAAAGAGUUUCCCAAAGGUUCCAUGAGUUCCAGAUGAUAGCUAAUGAGAAUAUGUUAGCAUUAGCUCAAAAAUCAGGCAACCCGAGCUAAUUAAUACUAGAUUGUAUUUAUUUAUAAUUUAGGUUUUAAUUUAAAAUGUUAAUGAAUAUAGUUUUGUUGAAUGAAAACUGGUUUUAGUCAGUUUUCUUACCUUUAAAACAAUUUUAAUGGUGAUUUUGUUUAUUCAUAUUGUAGCUUAGGUUGUUAGCAAACAAAUGUAAAUUAUGUAUACUUACAUAGCCUAUAAAUGUCCCAAUACUUGGCACAGAAUUUUUAUUUCUCAUGCAUUUUGAUAGAUCAAAAUGUUUUUCUUCCAAAAAUUACAUUUAACACUUUCACUGAUGUUUGUGGGAAUUGAACUUUUCUCUUACUAUUUGUAUUACAAACAAUUACCCUCGUGAACAUCACAAUGGCUUUUAAGUAUUAUUUGUUAUUACCUUGAGAUUUAUAUAGUACUCUUGGUAUAUAACAAUGAACAGUUUACUUCUUAAGUACAUUUUUUUAAAGUAUGGGAGACAAAUGUGCGCAUUUAAUAUAAUCUUAUUUUAAAUCUUAUUUAGAUUUAAUAUUUUUUAAUAUACUUCUUUUUAGUUUGCAGAAGAAAUAAUUGCAGAAAUGUCAUUUUCAAUUUCAAAGGGUUAUGUAAUGGGAAUGAUAAAAUAUAACUUUUCAAUAAAUUUGUUGAUACAAUAUGCGUGCCACCUAGUGUAAGUUAAUUGUACUAUGCCUAUAACUUUUGCGGAAGUGCAUGCUCGAACCGCUCUGCGCUGGAUGCGGUCAAGUGAAAGGAGCUGGCAUUGGGGUGCCCCGGCCCAGAAAUGAGUACAGUAUUCCAUGUGAGGCCGAACUUGCGCUUUGUAAAGUUGUAAGCUAUGUGCCGGCAUGAAAUACUGUCUCGCUCUGCUGAGCGCGCCAAGCUUUUUAGAGCCCAAUAUGGCUUUCCCUUCCAAGUGACCACGAAACUGCACACUAUUCGAUAUGUCGACGCCGAGAAUUCCGAUGCUAGCUGAGGCAGCAAGGGGAGUGACUUGAAACUGAGGAGAUACGACAAAGGGUUCUUUUUAGCGCUAAACGCGCAGACUUGUGUCUUCUGGGGAUUGAACUGGACUAGAUUUAGUCGGCCCCAAUCCGAGACGUUCAGUAAAGACUCGACUUCAGACACAAGUUUGUCCCGGUACUCGGCGACGUUUUCCCGAGAAAUAUUGGCACGGCGAUAUAUAAGGCAUCACCAGUGCUGUCGUCCGCAUAGCAAUGAUUGUUACCAGUAUGCAACACAUCAUUGAUAUGCAGGAGAAACAGCGUUGGUGAUAACACACAGCCUUGUGGAACACCAGCGUUGAUAGGCUUGAGAUCACAGCAUGCACCGUCUAUUACGACCUUGAUGCUCCGAUCAGUUACCCAACGAAAGGCGAAAGGUAAAUAAUUCAGUCUUAUUUUUACAAUCUAUUUAUUUGUUUUCUAACAAAAAUCAAGAAAGAGCAACAAGUGAAAUACUUGCGGCACUUACUCUAUUAUUUAUUGAGAAUACGAGGGCUGCACUAAAAGUAUCGGGAAUGGAAUAUUUCCACUGUUCCUGUCAUAUUAAAAUGUUUUUAAUUGGAAACCCCUUGGUUUUAAAAAUCGUAUACCUACCAUUAUUUAUUUAAAAAAAGAUUCUCGGUCUUGUCACAAGGUUUUGUCAAACUUGUUUAGUCGUUGAGAAAAUGGAAUUGACUCGAAUAAAUUCAAGAGCGAUGAUUUAUAUAUGACUUUCGAAGUGGUUUAACACAAAAACAGUGUGUUGACCGGAUGAUUUCUGCAUUUGGUGAUGAAGCCCCAUCCAAAACCACAAUUUAUCGCUAGUUUGCUGAAUUUCAACGUGGACCUGUCAAGCUCAGUGAUGAUCCCCGUCAAGGUCGUCCAAAAGCUGCAGUCACCCAAGAAAACGUUGAUGCUGUGCGUAAGCUGAUUGAGGAAGAUCGACAUGUGACAUACCGCGAAAUUCAGGCAACUUUAGACAUUGGCAUGAGUCAAAUACAAAUAAUCUUGCAUGAACAAUUAGGUGUAAAAAAGUUGUUUUCCCGAUGGAUACCGCAUUCGCUCUGUGAAGAGCAAAAAGCGGCUCGCGUUACUUGGUGCGUCAGAACUCUCGAAAGAUUCCACGCAGGAUCCUCAAAUGCUGUAUACAACAUCGUAUCAGGUGACGAAUCCUGGAUAUACGCGUACGAACCCGAAACAAAAAACCAGUUACGAGUUUGGGUGUUCGAAAAUGAGUUAAAGCCAACAAAAAUUGUUCGUUCACGGAGUGUUGGAAAAAGAAUGGUGGCCACGUUUGUCUCCAAAACCGGCCAUGUUACGACUAUUCCUCUUGAGGGACAAAGAACGGUUAAUGCAGAAUGGUAUGCUAGCAUUUGUUUGCCACAGGUCGUUUCUGAACUCCGUAAAGAGAACUGCAACCGCCGCAUCAUCCUCCAUCACGACAAUGUGAGUUCUCACACCGCACACAACAAAAGAGUUUUUAGAGCAAGAAAACAUAGAAUUAUUAGACCAUCCACAGUACAGCCCCGACCUAAGCCCUAAUGAUUUCUAUACUUUCCCUAAAAUAAAGAAUAAAUUGCGUGGACAGAGAUUUUCAUCACCUGAAGAAGCUGUGGACGCCUACAAAACGGGCAUUUUGGAGACCUCAACUUCCGAAUGGAAUUGUUGCUUCAAUGAUUGGUUCCAUCGUAUGGAAAAAUUUGUCAAAUUUCGCGGAGAAUACUUCGAUAAGCAAUAAAUACAUUUUUAAAUAGU